AGAAGCAGUGUGUGUGAAUGGCUCAUCUGAUUUGGGAAAGUGUCCACAAACUAGGAUACUACGGUCUACGGAACAGCUUGGGCACCCCUUAGGAUUCCAUCUCCCAGUGGUGUUCAGGGUACAGCUCGGAGCAGAACCCAGACUAGAUUGUUCAGAGAUUCUUAGCUGUGCAGUCAGACUGGCCUGAUGGCAUGCUGCAUCCAACUUCAGCUCAGAGUCUGGAGGCACUAAAGACCUUGCCUGGGAGCAGCUUUCCAUUCAAUACACACAGAGGGACUUUCGCAUCAUUACCGUCUUCAGUAACUCCUUCCAUUUGGCAUCUUCGGCUCGCUUCUUGAAUCCAUCAGAUCAUCCAGUCCUGCACAAACUCAGCUGGAUGCCCACUACUGAUUCAUUACCUAACACACGUCUGUGUUGCCUAAUGCAGCUUUCACUGUCACUGGACUUAUGGAAUAACGUUGUUCCUGAAGAAUUUUUAGAAACUGAUUUUACAUUUUUCCACACCCAAACAGAUGUGCAUAUUCUCCAGCUUCCAGAGCGACGAGCCCCGGCCUUGUUUCUCUAUUCAGUGAUGUCUUGAACUUGAACUUGCUCACGACUGUCCGAAUAAAGAAGGGUGUUUCUCUACCCAUAACUCCCAGUGCUGUGACCAAAAUGGCCCCAGAGUAGCAGUAGCCAUUGUCAAAGAGCUUGAAAAAAAUAUCAAUGGAGAUACGUACUCCAGAGAACACCUUCUUAUCCUAUGGUCUCCACAUUAGUAACCCCAAACAAGUGCUUCAUAUAUAAUGUUCUAAUAACAAAUACCAAAGAAAUUAAUUAUAAUCCAGCCAUUAUUUCCUUGGAUUACCACUUUAUUAAGCACAUUAGUGCUGUUUGAAUGAGCUUUUCUGGAAGAACAUCUGGGACUCACAUGAAUACCUGAUGAGAUCUGUAUGAUCAGCAUUACAGUACUAAAUAUCCAGCAAAUUCAUUGUCAUUAGCAGCAUUAGAUCAGUAAAUACCCAUCAAGGUCAGAGUGGGCACUUUUCGUGUAGCACAAGUGCUUUCGGUUCACGUCCCUGUCACUUGUAGUAACCCUCAGUUUUUGUUUCAUUCUAGGUGCAUAGCGUAAUGUCCAUGCUGUACUACACUCUGAUUAUAGCUUUUUUGCUCGGCAUACAGGCAGCACCAAAGUCAGAGGACAAUGCUCCAUGGGGGUUUCCUGCAGGACCCACCAUUCAAAAUAUCCAUCGGACUAAAGCAAAUCACGUUCCCAAGGCAGCUCAACACACGGCCACUCAUCACCUUGCUGGGAAGGUAGACAGCAGAGAAGCUGGACAGGCAGCAAACAUCACUGUGGAUCCAAAGCUUUUCAGAAAGAGACGAUUCCGGUCCCCUCGGGUUCUGUUCAGCACGCAGCCCCCUCCAGUGUUGGGGGAUGGGCAGAACAUGGAGUAUCUGGACAGUGCAGAUUCUUUUAACAGGACUAUUCGAACCAAGCGGACUGCUCAUCCUGUGCUGCACCGGGGAGAAUUCUCAGUUUGUGACAGUGUCAGCAUGUGGGUUGGGGACAAAACCACAGCUACUGACAUCAAAGGCAAAGAGGUGACAGUGCUGGGAGAGGUGAACAUUAACAACAAUGUUUUCAAGCAGUACUUUUUCGAAACCAAAUGCAGGGACCCUAAGCCAGUCUCCAGUGGGUGCCGGGGAAUUGAUGCUAAGCACUGGAAUUCCUACUGCACCACCACGCACACCUUUGUCAAAGCACUGACAAUGGAAGGCAAGCAAGCAGCCUGGAGAUUUAUCCGAAUCGAUACCGCAUGUGUGUGCGUGCUCAGCCGGAAAACAGUGAGACCCUGAGAUGGAACAAACAUUCAUGCCCACAUCCUCCCAUCCCCCCUACCUCAGCCUGUAAAUUAUUUUAAAUUAUAAGGACUGCAUGGUAUAUUUAUAGUUUAUACAGUAAAGA